AAUGCAGUCAUUCAUAAAACAUAUAUCAUAAAUUUGAAUAACGGUAAUUUAAAUCACCAAACAUAACCAGCACUGGAUAUAUAAUGAACGUAUAUUUGUUAACUCUCAUGUUGUGUUGUUUAAAAAUGUAUUACAGUACACUAGUGUUUGAUGGAGAGUUUACAGGUCGAGUUAUAAUAAACACAACCAACUCCGAAGGGUUUAUUGAUAGAUUUACAAAGAGACACGCUGGAUAUAUAUUUCAAAGGAGGUUCCAGAUAGGAAGACACGAGUACUUUGUAUUUGAAAUAAAUGAAACACAGCGCACACGUAAGAUCAGCAAGCAGACAGAAGACUCCGACAUUAAGAACUUAAAACUGGAUUUGGAGGUAGAUUUUGUUAAACAAGAAAAAAGAUUCAUUAGAGUGCCGAAGACAGCAGACACAGAAUGGUCUAAUCUGUGGCACUUGAAUGAUGCGGUAUCGCCUUCUAUGAAAGUCAACGAAGCUUGGAAUGCUGGAUUUACCGGAAAUGGAAUAAAAAUUGCUAUCCUUGACGACGGUUUACAGACCGAUCAUACUGAUUUAAACUCAAAUGUGGACACAGUUAACGAUUACGACUACCAAAGUACGGAUGAUGAUCCGACACCAGAUGUUGGAAGCAGUCAUGGUACAAAAGUGGCAGGUUUUAUAGCUGCAGAAAAGGAUAACAACGAAUGUACCGUUGGGAUAGCAUAUGAAUCUACUAUAAUAGGUGUUCGAAUUCUUGGUACUUACGGAUUGACAGACUCACAAGAAGCACAGGCACUCAACCAUCAUCUAAACGGUGGUGUAGAUAUUUAUUCAAACAGCUGGGGUCCUACAGAUGGCUAUGGAUUUUCUAGACCUGACACACUCAGUGAAAGCGCCCUUCAAGACGGAAUUACUAAUGGCAGAGGUGGCAAAGGCGUUAUUUAUACAUGGGCAGCAGGUAAUGGCGAAACAAGCGAUAACUGUAAUGGAGACGGAUAUGUAAAUAGCAUCUACACCAUUGGUGUAACAAGUGUAGAAGAAGGACAAAAUGCAUGGUACUCUGAAGUCUGCGCAGCUGCAUUAGUAGCGACUUACGGUGGAAGUAGCAACAAUCGAUAUUUAACUUCAACGACAACUUCCUCCGGAUGUACAAGUGAUGGUCUACAGGGUACAUCGUUUUCAACACCUAUCGCUUCUGGUAUCAUUGCGUUAGCCCUCCAAGCAAAUUCUGCGCUCACGUGGAGAGAUAUUCAGCAUAUGCUUGUUCUGACGUCAACUAGAAAUGGAUUUACAGAUUCGUAUUCUAGUUGGAAAACAAAUGGAGGGGGAAAAGAAUAUAGUCAAGUUCUUGGGUUUGGUUUGAUGGACGCUGAAGCAAUGGUAACUCAGGCUGCCAGUUGGACGAAAGUUCCGACACAACAAACAUGCACAACAUCAACGUUCACAGGAACCGGAUCAACGUCUGGUUCAUCCUACACAACAGACAUAAGAUCGAUCUCAACUUCCGAUUGUUCUUCAAUAGAUUAUUUAGAACAUGUGACAAUUGACAUAUCUUUCUCAUACACUCGAUACCGAGGUGUGACGGAAUUUUACCUGGUGUCACCUUCAGGAACAGAGAGCCAUUUAAUGCAUUAUAGAUAUGAUGACGCUAUUGCUUUUUCCUCAGCUGGUUCAUUAUCAUGGACAUUUAUGUCAGUUCAUUUUUGGAGAGAAACUCCAAUUGGACAAUGGACCUUAAAAUCUAAAUCGUACGGGGGCCUCUCAGUUGUAACUGUCGGUACUUGGUCGAUCACGUUUUACGGAACGUCCACAGAUCCUCUUCCUAAUAUAGACCAAUGUAUAUCAACACCAUGUCAGAACAACGGGACUUGUACUAAUAACGUCUAUUCCUAUAGUUGUCAGUGUCCUGAUGAUUAUUCAGGGACAAACUGUCAGACCAUUUCAACCGAUGAUGAUGGUACAAGUUCUACAAUAGUAGUUGCUGCAGUAGGUGGUACUAUUGGUGCAAUUGUGGUUGGUGUCAUUGUAGUUGCAGGUAUAAAGUCCAUUUCAGCUGGAGCAACAGUAGGCACUGCCGGUGGUGCAGUUGCAUAACAAUAGGAAAUGACGAUAUCUAAUAAACAACAAAAUACACCAUUAAAGUUGAAUCGGGGUUAUUCACUCGUGCAAUUUAUUUUAUUUUUUAUUUUUUUAUUUUUUUGGUGUACUUGUGCUAUUGUCAAUUUUUGAAUUAAUGUCUUUCAGUUUUGCUUAUGUUCUUUGUCUAUAGAGUAUCUAUCUGACAAUUAGUUUUCUGUGUGCACAUAGUUGUUUAUUUUUAUAUUGAUUAAGAUUAUAACAUAAUUUUGACUGCUGUA